UUGGAGAAGUUUGAAGUUGACUCUGGGGUGUUUCAACAGGAAGGCGGACAUGUUGGUCAGGCAGUGGGAGAAAAUCGGGCACCCAGUAUUUUUUUUUUUUUAAUUUUAAUUUUUUUUGUGUGAAUAGUAGCAUCGUUCAGGCUUGAUUCGUCUGCACACCCGCAGCAUCGUGGAUUACAUACUUGCUGGAAAAGUGAAAGCCGGCAUGCGGACUAAGAGAGAUUUAUCGCGCGAGGAUUUGUAAAGGAUCGUUUUAACCAGGAUCUUGUUUUAACUCAUCGAAAUUUGCACGGCGAAGUUUGUUUUGCGCCACUUCUCGCUGUGCAGCUGUCAGACUCGUCUGGCCUGGCCAGCUUUUAUAAACAGAGGCCUGGAGAAAGUUAAUUUCAUGUGGCCGCAUGCUAACUCUGCAGAAUUGUUUUUAUCACUUCUUUGCGCGUGAUUGCGAUCAGUUUGUGUGUUUUAGAAGAGCCCAUUCCCUUCAGAUCUCCCGAAGCUAAGUUAGCUUAGCGCGGUGUAAUCUGUAACGUUACUUUCUGUGUUUGCCAAGUUGUCAUGAACUGAUCCGACACCUCGUCCUGCUGUCGUUUUGUUUCGAAAAUGUGGCUUUUUUUUGUCAUCUCUCGGUGUUGUAGACGAUUCAACGAGAGCGAUAUUAAGGCAGUAAGACACAAAACGGUGCUUUGCUCGAACUAGUGCUCGUUGUUUAGUGAGGGCAGAGGAAGUUAGCGAGUUAAUUUGCUAAUCUGAGCCAGUAACUCGCACACGUCUGAAUCAAAUCAGUUAUGAACAUGUCUGCUGGAGAAAGUUUGACAGCUCGAUUCGAGAAGAUCGAUGCCAUGCUGAAGGACCCCAGAUCAGAGAUCAACACGGACUGUCUGCUGGACAGUCUGGAUGCUCUGGUUUAUGACCUUGAUUUUCCAGCCCUGAGGAAAAACAAAAGCAUCGAUAACUUCUUAAAUAGAUAUAAGGACACAAUCAGCAAAAUUCGGGAGCUUCGUAUGAAAGCAGUGGACUAUGAAGUGGUAAAGGUCAUAGGACGAGGUGCAUUUGGAGAAGUACAGCUGGUGAGGCACAAAGACACACGCAAAGUCUACGCCAUGAAGCUGCUCAGCAAGUUUGAGAUGAUCAAGAGGUCGGACUCUGCUUUCUUCUGGGAAGAGAGGGAUAUUAUGGCCUUUGCCAACAGUAACUGGGUAGUACAGGUUUUUUUUGCAUUCCAGGACGACCGCUACCUCUACAUGGUGAUGGAGUAUAUGCCAGGUGGAGACCUGGUCAACCUGAUGAGCAACUAUGAUGUGCCUGAGAAGUGGGCUCGUUUCUACACUGCUGAGGUUGUGCUGGCACUGGACUGCAUCCACUCCAUGGGCUUCAUUCACAGGGAUGUAAAGCCUGACAACAUGUUGCUAGACAAGGCAGGCCACUUGAAGCUGGCAGACUUUGGGACCUGCAUGAAAAUGAACAAGGAUGGAAUGGUACGUUGUGACACAGCAGUAGGAACUCCUGACUAUAUUUCUCCCGAGGUACUGAAGUCGCAGGGAGGAGACGGUUACUAUGGCCGAGAGUGUGACUGGUGGUCUGUGGGGGUCUUCCUGUAUGAGAUGCUCGUCGGUGACACGCCGUUUUACGCUGACUCUCUGGUGGGCACCUACAGCAAGAUCAUGAAUCACAAGAAUGCCUUGACCUUCCCCGAUGACAGCGACAUCUCAAAGGAUGCAAAAAGCCUCAUCUGUGCUUUCCUCACCGACAGGGAGGUGCGGUUAGGACGCAAUGGAGUCGACGAAAUCAAGCGACAUAGUUUUUUCAAGAAUGACCAGUGGGCAUGGGAGAACAUCAGAGAGACGGCUGCUCCAGUGGUGCCGGAGCUAAGCAGUGACGUAGACACAAGCAACUUUGACGACAUUGAGGAGGAUCGAGGGGAGGAGGAGACAUUCCCCAUUCCUAAAGCAUUUGUAGGCAAUCAGCUUCCGUUUGUGGGCUUUACCUACUACCAGUUUCAUCGGGAAGCAGCUAUAAAGACAAGUGACAACCACAGCUCGACAAAGGAAGAUAAGAGUCAUUUGGAGAAUCUUAAGAAGAGAAUUUAUCAGCUAGAAGAACAACUUCACAGUGAGAUGCAGCUGAGAGAUGAGAUGGAGCAGAAGUGCAGGGCAUCCAAUACAAAGCUAGACAAGAUAAUGAAAGAGUUAGACGAGGAGAGUAACCUAAGGAAGAGUAUGGAGACCAACAUGUCUUUACUGGAGAAAGACAAGAUCAUGAUCCAGCACCGAACAACAGAACAUCAGAGAAAGGCGGAACAGGAGGCUGAAAAACGAAGAAAUCUGGAGAAUGAGGUGUCUACUUUGAAGGAGCAGCUGGAAGACUCGAGGAAAAUGAGUCAAAACAAUGAAAAGGUCGCCCAGCUGCAGAACCAACUGAGGGAAGCCAACGAUCUUCUGCGGGCCGAGUCUGACACGGUGGUGCGUUUGAGGAAGAGCCACACAGAGAUGGGGAAGUCCAUGAGCCAGCUGGAGAGCGUGAAUCGCGAGCUGCAGGAAAAGAGCCGUGCCGCGGAGAACGUCAAACAACAGCUGGAAAAAGAGCUGCUCCAGCUGCAGACCAUACUAGACACAGAGAGACGGACCUGCAGCCAGGGCUCAGAGGAGAUCAGAGAACUGCAAGCUCGUAUCACGGGUGUGCAGGAGGACAACAAGAACUUGAAGCACAGUCUGUCUAAAGCAGAGCUGGACAGGAAACAAAUGCAGGACAGAUGUAAUGUUCUUGAGAAGGAGAAGAACAGUCUGGAAAUCGACCUGAACUACAAGCUGAAGACUCUGCAGCAGCGGCUGGAUCAGGAGUUGACAGAGCAUCGCAUCACGAAGGCUCAGCUCACAGACAAAUAUGAGUCUAUCGAAGAGACCAAGUCAGCUGCUAUGCACACGGUGGAGCAGAAGGUGGCGGAGGAGAACACGCUGCGGAUGCGAGCGGAGAGCAGGGUGGUGGAGGUGGAGAAGCAGUGCUCCAUGCUGGAGUUCGACCUCAAGCAGUCUGUACAGAAGAUGGAGCAGCUGAUGAAGCAGAAGGAGAGGCUGGAGGAGGAGGUGAAGGAGCUGCGGGUGCAGUUGGAGCAGGAGUCCGGGAAGCGUGUGCUGGCCCAGAACGAGCUGAAGAACUGGACGAUGGAGGCCGAGCGGCUGAAAGGAUCAGAGAAGCAGCUCAAACAGGAAAUCAACGCGGCCCUCGAGAACAAGCGCUCCGUUGAGUUCCAGCUGGCACAGCUCACCAAGCAGUACCGAGGAAAUGAGGGUCAGAUGAGAGAACUUCAGGACCAGCUGGAGGCUGAGCAGUAUUUCUCAACACUCUAUAAAACUCAGGUGAAGGAGCUAAAGGAGGAGAUAGAGGAGAAGAAUCGACAAACUCAAGAGGCUCUCAGAAAAGUCCAAGACCUGUACUCCGAGAAGGAGUCGCUGUCUGCUCAGUUGGACCUGACCAUGACGAAGGCCGAGUCGGAGCAGUUGGCGCGCGCGCUGCAGGAGGAGCAGUACUUUGAACUCUCUCAGGAGCACAAGAAAGCUGCUUCACGGUACAAACAGGAGAUCUCAGAGAAGGACUCGACCAUCGCACAGCUUGAAGAAUCCAAUAAAACCCUUACCAAAGAUGUGGAGAUCCUCAGCAAGGAGAAGACAGAACUGAACGAGAGACUCCGAGCUCAAGAAGAAGAGUUUACUGCAGGGAAGGAGGAGCUGGCAAACACAGUAAAGGCCCAUUACGAGAAGGCCCUGAAUAUAGAAAGAACUCUGAAGACCCAGGCGGUGAAUAAGCUGGCUGAGAUCAUGAACCGUAAGGACAUGAAGUUGGACCAGAAGAAGAGAGGCAGCACCACUGACCUGCGCAAGAAAGAGAAGGAGAACCGCAAGCUGCAGCUGGAGCUCAACCAGGAGAAGGAGAAGUUCAACCACAUGGCCAUCAAGUACCAGAAGGAGAUGAACGAGAUGCAAGCGCAAUUGGCAGAGGAGUGCACGUAUCGCAAUGAGUUGCAGAUGCAGCUAGACAGUAAGGAGAGUGACAUUGAGCAGCUGAGAGAGAAACUGAACGACCUGCAGCUCCGCGUGGACAGCUCCAGCGUCACCAGCCUGCAGCCAGACGAGGUGGACAGUAACAUCGCUGAAUCAAGGCUUGAAGGCUGGCUCGCGAUACCGAAUAGAGCAAAUAUUAAAAGAUACGGCUGGAAAAAGCAGUAUGUUGUGGUGAGCAGUAAAAAAAUCCUCUUUUACAAUGAUGAGCAAGACAAGGAGCAGUCCAACCCUUCUAUGGUACUAGACAUUGACAAACUUUUCCAUGUACGUCCCGUCACGCAAGGCGACGUUUAUCGAGCGGAGGCAGAUGAAAUUCCAAGAAUAUUCCAGAUCCUGUAUGCUAAUGAAGGUGAGUGCAGGAAGGAGGCGGACAUGGAGAGUGUUCCUCAGGGGGACAAGACCAACUGUUUGCCCCACAAGGGCCAUGAGUUCAUCCCCACUCUCUAUCAUUUCCCCUCGAACUGCGAGGCUUGCUCCAAACCGCUGUGGCACGUCUUCAAGCCUCCUCCGGCCCUGGAGUGCCGCCGAUGCCACGUCAAGUGCCACAAGGACCAUCUGGACAAGAAGGAGGAUGUUAUCGCCCCUUGCAAAGUGAAUUAUGAUGUGACGUCAGCUAGAGACAUGCUGCUCCUGGCCUUGUCCCAAGAUGAGCAGAAGAAAUGGAUCGGUCAUCUCGGCAAGAAGAUUCCCAAGACCCCUCCUUCUACCUUCGCAAGAGCAUCCCCUCGCACCAUGUCCACUCGCUCCGUAGCAAACCAGUCUUUCCGCAAGAACCCCAAAAACAUGCCGGGCAAGCCAAGCAGGGCGCAGUCCUUUCUCCAAGCGGCAGACACAACAUCCAGUACAUGCUGACAGCAUCACGCAGCCUCUCCAGACCUUAGAUUUCUAAUGCUAACCAUCUGAACCGAAUUGGGAUUUUGUACUUUCCUCUCCAAAAACCUCUUUAGAAAAAUCUGUAACAACCUGGGAAUUAACCUCUUUAAGUUGCAUUUCACAAUUGAAUAAAAAACUAUAAAAACACAGACAGUAAGUGGUGCUGGAGUUUACCAGUCACAAGGCAUCAUGAACUUUUUUUUGGCAUCAUCCUUGUUUCUCCCCAUAACACUGGGAUUCGCUUUAUCCUCCUGAUGUCCAGAGGAAAGCAUCUUUUCACAACUUGGGAAGGACACUAUGCGCCGUUCCUAUUUGGACUCUGAAUCCUGUGGGAUGGGGACUAAAGCUUGACAUCAUGGUAAAGGAGAUAUUUGGGGAAUUAUCUUUGGGACCAUUUUUUUUAGUUUGCAAACUGUUUCUACUUAAAUCCACUUCGAUGCCGCCUUCCGAUGGACUCUGGUUGCCUUAUUCAAUCCCUCAAAGUCUAAAUGGAAAAUGAAUUGGGUUUGGGGCAAAGGGUUGGGCACUGAGAGUUUUUGAAGGGUUUUUUUUUUAAGCAUGGAGAAUAAUUACAGUCUAUGCAUAAUAUUAUCAUAAUUGUCUUUAUCAUUAUCAUUUUUAUUUGGAGGCUCCAAGCCAUAGGAUAUCAUCAUCAUAAUGGCAUCAGGAGACAUGAAAUGUCAUGUUUCUGUGUCUCUGUGUGUGUUCAUUGGGUACAUUGUUUCUGUAAUAUCCUUUUGUUUAUCAUUUUUUGUUGUGUAAUGUGUUGCCUUACAUUUGACUCAUAGAUAAAUGUUUCAAAAAGGAAAACAUUAAGUUAACAAAUGUAACUGCACUGUUUGAAUUGUAAUUUAUUUGUAGAAGACUAAACAGCGUUCGGCUCACCUAGUGCCUUUUGGAUAACAAUUUUACUGCCAUAUCUGUUUCUUACCAACAAGUCUUUACUAUUGUGAUACUUUGAAAGCAAACAUAUCUAUAACAGUGUGACUUUCAUUUCUUUUUUUAUCGAAACCUAAAUGGUCUUCAACCAGAGCGGACCAUCUAUUGCAUGUCUUAAAUGUUGUCAACCAAAGUUCAGAAGUUCUGCAUGAAGCGCCAAUAUAUAAAAGAACCAUCAACAUCCCCACCUUUAAAUAGUUUUCAUUCAGUGUACAUAUUCAGAUGAAACGAGAUGAUGAAUACCUCCUCGAUAAUCCGACAUGCAUGUUCAGUAAAAUAAGCACUGGAGCUACGAUCCGUUUUGUCGUGGAUGUAUUGCAUGAUAAAUUGCAUUGGAGGCCGCACUGAUGGAUAUGUGUCAAUAAACAUAUCUUUAUCUAUCACCUAA